AUGGCUUCAACCAAAAUUUAUCUCCUUGAUCUCAAAGAUAGGGGGCUUGCAAUUUCUUCAAUUGGUCAUAUCCAAACAAAAGCCGAAGCAAAAGCCUUAAUCACCAACAUAUUACAAGGAAGAAAUAACAAAACCAAGAAAAAAACAUUACCAUUAUCAACAUCCUCGUUUUUCUCCACUCUUUUUUCAAAGUCCCAAAAGCAUCUCCAUAAUGCUUUUAAAGUUAUUGAUCCACCUUUUCACUCUUCAGUUGAUUCAUGCCCGGCUUUUGGUGGAAACUUUGCACCGGUGGAGGAGCUAGAGCCAACCGAUUGUGAAGUAAUCAUGGGUGAACUUCCACUCACUUUUAAUGGCGUUUACAUCCGAAAUGGUCCGAAUGAUGCCCAGAACCAACCAGGCCAUCUUCUCGAUUUGUUUUUUGGGGAUGGGAUGCUUCACUCUUUGCAAUUAUCCAAUGGCCAUGCCAGGUAUUGUAGCCGCUAUGUUAAGACUUACAAAUAUAUGAUUGAACGAGAUGCUGGUUCCCCCCUAUUUCCAAGUGCAUCAUCUCUUUACAAGAUCGUCGACCUUUUGAGGUUUCUUAUGGCUAUAUUAACAGGUCAUUUAGAUCCCAUGAAAGGGAGUGGAGUUGCCAAUACAAGCCUUGCCUUCUUUGCAAACAAACUUGUUGCUUUGUGUGAGUAUGAUUUGCCGUAUGCUAUUAAUUUGACAGAAAAUGGCGAUAUUGAGACUUUGGGGCGUUGGGAAUUUGAUGGGAAGCCGAAGUUACUUGCAAACAUGACUGCACAUCCUAAAGUUGAUUCGGAGACAAAGGAGACAUUUGCUUUCAGGUGGAGUUUAAUUUUUCCUCAUCUCACUUUUUUUCGCUUCGAUGAAAAUGGUAUUAAGCAAAAAGAAGUACCAAUCUUUUCCAUCAAGCAACCAAGUUUCUUCCAUGACUUUGCUAUAACCAAGAGGUUUGCAAUUUUUCAUGAGACACAAUUAGUAGUUUCACCAAUGAAGGUGAUGAUGGGAAGAGGUAAACUCGUGGAUUACCAACCGGGUAAAACUCCAAGAAUCGGAGUCAUACCAAGAAAUUCUCUCAAUGAUUCAGAGAUGAAGUGGUUUGAAAUUCAAGGGUUUAACACAAUCCAUAUCCUGAAUGCUUGGGAAAAUGGGGAUGACGAGAUAGUUGUUCUGGCACCCAAUAUAGCUUCUUUCUAUAACGCUUUCGAUGAGAAUGUGGAGAUCAAAUUGGAGAAGGUAACAAUCAACAUGAAGACUAAAAAUGUUUCUAGAAAUAUUCUUUCCCCAAGAAAUCUAGAUUUUGGAUCAAUAAAUCCUUGCUACGUUGGGAAAGAGACUCGUUUCACCUAUCUAGGAGUGAAUACAGAAGCAAGCAUGAAAAUGUCAGGUGUAGUAAAAAUUGACUUGAAAAUGGGGGGUGAAGUUGGGAGACGAUUUUAUGGACUCGGGUGCUUCGGAGGUGAGCCAUUAUUUGUACGAAGAAAUCCAGAAGAUACUAUGUCUGAUGAAGAUGAUGGCUAUUUAGUGAGUUAUGUGCACAAUGAGCAGACAAACGAGUCAAAAUUCUUGGUGAUGGACGCCCAAUCACCAGAGCUCGACAUUGUUGCAAUGGUCAAGCUACCAAGGAGGGUGCCAUAUGGCUUUCAUGGUUUGUUUUUGGCUAAGGAUCAGAUUCCAAAUUAUUCCAUAUUCCCUGUAAAUGAACUAAAGUGCAACACAUGA